UCUAAAAAGAAAACAACAAAAAAAAGUAAAGAAAGUACCUUUAACGUUAACGCUUAUGCAUCGUUGUCCAUCUUUCUCAGACCCACGAAAGAGCAGCAUCAGCCAGGCAUUCUCUCGUAGUUUCCACUUGCUUGCUAUAACAUCGUCUUCUCUCUCUCUCUCUCUCUCUCUCUCUCGCUGUCUCUUUGGUCUGUCUCUCUGGGUUCUUUCUGCACUUGAAGCUACGCCUCACAAUUUCACUCGGAUCUCUCACUGGAAGCCGAUUAACGUGGCGGAAGGAAUCUGCUGGAGAUGGUUCUGACCAAGGAAUUUCGGAUUGUCCUGCCCAUGUCGCUGGAAGAGUAUGAGGUAGCACAGAUGUAUAUGGUCAGGAAGAUGCAGCAGCAGAACACGACUAGAACUGAAGGAAUUGAAAUACUUGAGAGCAGACCCUUCGAAGAUGUGUAUGGAAAGGGUCAAUACACUUCUAAAGUUUAUCGUCUACAAAGUAAAGUGCCUGCUUGGCUUACGAAAUUUGCACCAGCAGAUGCUCUCAUCAUGCAAGAGGAAGCCUGGAACGCAUACCCAAGGUGCAAAUCAGGUUUGCCAUGUCCUCUUGACUUCACUCUGUGUUUUUCUAUUUAUACUUGUAUUGAUGUCUUUUUGUUUUUUAUCUGCAAAUGGAUGCUACAUUACCCAGUACUGAAGUGCUCAUACUUUACCAAGUUUCAGUUAACCAUUAAAACUGUUCAUAGGGCUGACAAUGGGCACUCCGAAAAUGUGCACGGUUUAAGCAAAGAACAGCUGGCAGCCAGGCAGGUAGAAUAUAUUGAUAUAGCUUUUCCAGGAAAGGAUUGUUGGAGUCACCUGGUAGGAAGGUGCAGUCUAGACUUUUCCAAAUUCAAAUCCUCAAGAACUGGCCGUGGUCCACUUCUGAAGGGAUGGCAGGCAGGGUCUGAUCCAGUUAUGACUGCAUACAAAUUGGUGACAAUUGAUGCACCAUACUGGGGUUUUGGUCGUCGGCUUGAACUGGCUCUGAUAGAGGGUGAAAGAGCUCUUUUCUUGGAAAGUCAUCGUCAUUCUUUUGGUUGGAUUGAUGAAUGGUAUGGGAUGACUGCACAACAAAUGUUUGAACUUGUGCAACAAAACGACUCUACAUUAAAUGAGAGGCUCGUCAAGCCGGCUCUAAUGAUGAGUAUCGAUCAUUUUGACGAGGGAUCACUUGAUAGUGAAGACAUUUAUGGCACGAACACUGACCUUCAUUCUCAACAGCAUGCACAGGCCAUUGAUACGCCAAACGGGUAGCAUAGCAGUUGGAGACCACAGCUCGUAAAGUGAACGUCACUGGAUUGAUGGCUCUCUCUUUGGGGCUACUACAGAAAAACAAAGGAAAUCGAAAAUUUAUUUGAUUUUUCUUUUAUCAUUAGAAAAUAUUGUAAUAAAACAAAGAAAAAAAAAUUGUAUAUGAGCUUGUAGCAGCAAUUCGAAUACUCAUUGUUGACAUCCUAAUUACUAUAGCCACUUCAUUUUACUGAAAUUUGUUGAAAUUA